AUGUUCAGUAUCAAGGCCAACAAAAGCCCAGGCCCGGACGGAUAUGAAGGGGGAUUUUAUAGAGAAGCUUGGGAUAUAGUUGGUGAUGAGGUUUGUGAAGCUGUCUUGGAGUUCUUUGCAAGUGGAAAAAUGCUGAAACAAAUAAAUGCCACUAUGAUAUCUAUCAUCCCCAAAGUUGAGAAACCAGUCCAGGAAAAAGAGGGUUACGACAAGGUGAUCCAAUCUCACUCUCCUCUUCGUCCUGGUUAUGGGGGAUCAGUAUUCCUACUUCCUCAGAGUGUAUUGGAAAUGGUGGACAAACAAUGUAGAGAGUUCCUAUGGGGAUCUAAAGAGAAGGGAAGGAAAAUUGCACUAGUAGCUUGGCAAGACCUUUGUUGGCCAAAGAAACAGGGUGGGUUGAACAUGAAGAACUGUAGACUGUGGAAUAUAGCAACUGUUGGUAAGCUAAUAUGGCAAUUUAUGCAUAGCAAGGAGCAAUUGUGGGUAAGAUGGGUGCAUGGCAUUUAUAUGAAGGACGAGGCAGAUUUUUGGAAUCACAUCCCAAAACAAGACUGUAGCUGGUACUGGAAACAACUCCACAAGAUAAAAAUGGGAAUGAUCAGCUGGUACUCCCACGAUAGGUAUUGCCUCACCAGCAACGGCAAGUAUUCUGUGACAAGGGGAUAUCUUGCACUGCUUGGCGAUAGGCCAAAACUGGCAGACACUGACCUGAUUUGGAGUAAGAUCUUGCUACCUAAACACAGAGCGGUGGUAUGGCUGGCAGUGCAGCAACGACUACUAACACGAACAAGGCUGAACCGAUUGGGCAUUGAAUGUGAGGACGAUAUGUGUGUGCUGUGCGAUGCGCAGAAGCAAGAAGAUGCGGUGCACCUUUUUGUGGACUGCGAUUGGGCCAAAGAGUUGUGGGCUGAAGCACAAGAUUGGAUGGGGAUUAAGGUGCAGCUAGGAAGUGUUCAACAAACCUUACAACAAAUCAAGCAGAAGAGAUGGAGCAAAUUUAAACGAGAAAUAGUAGCAGCAGGCUACGGGGCUGUGAUAUACCAUAUAUGGAGAGCAAGAAACGGGAAAAUCUUCAAAGGGCAAACUGUACAUAGAGAUUUCGUUAUGCAACAGAUAAAGAUGACAGUUAGGGAGAGAAUUAACAUGUUUAGAGACUACAAAACAGCCAGGAAAUGUGCAUGGUUUUUGGCAAGAAUAUGUAACUAG